AUGCCUGGAGCAAAAUAUUAUGAUGGAAAAAAAAUUUCAUUGCCUGUGAACGAAAAUGCAACAUUUCUUUUAUACGACUAUUGGAUUAAUCAAGCAAUUAGCGCAUUUCUUGCAUCUUUUGCUACUGAAAAGUACCAUUGUCUUCUUUCGCUAAAUUUUACAGUUAAUUGA